AUGUCCCCUUUAAGGGUUUCACUAGUGGUCCUCUGGCUUCAACUGAGUGGGGUGAGCAGCCAGCAGAAGGUGCAGCAGAACCCAGAAUCCCUCAGUGUCCCAGAGGGAGCCAUGGCCUCUCUCAACUGCACUUUCAGUGAUAGUGCUUCUCAGACCUUCUGGUGGUACAGACAGCAUUCUGGGAAAGGCCCCCAGGCGCUGAUGUCCAUCUUCUCCAAUGGUGACAAGGAAGAAGGCAGAUUCACAGUUCACCUCAAUAGAGCCAGCCUGCAUGUUGCCCUGCACAUCAGAGACUCCCAGCCCAGUGACUCUGCUGUCUACCUCUGUGCAGUAAGCACACAGUGCUCCCCAGGCACCUGCAGCCUGCACACAAACAUGCUGGGCCACAGCAAGGCUCAUCUCUGUUCUCUAAUUGUUCCCACAGACUUCUCUAUAGCCCAAAAAGUGACUCAAGUACAACCAGCUAUAAACAAGCAGGAAGGGGAACAGGUCAUCAUGGACUGUUCCUAUGAGACAAAUAUGAGCUUUUACCAACUUUAUUGGUACAAACAACGUCCUAAUGGAGACAUGAUUUUCCUUAUUCAUCAAGUUUCAUCUUCCCAUCACAAUGAAAGCAGUGGCCGCUAUUCUGUCAUCUUCCAGAAGUCAGCCAAGUCCAUCAGCCUCAUCAUUUCAGCCUCACGGGUGGGAGAUUCAAUGAAAUAUUUCUGUGCCCUCGUGGAACCAGCUCAGUGUCUGAAGUAA